AUGGCUUCUGCAAACAUUUUUGAUAUCUAUAGCACUCAGGAGGAAGAAGAAGUUCCCUUGGUUCGAAAGAAGAAAUCGACUAGGAAACAUGACGGGGAGCCCAGUCAGAUGCCUUCGGCUAAGAGGAACCGAGCCACCGAUCCUUCGACGGAUGGGCCCUCUGGUCAAACAUCUGUCCAGCCUCCUGCUCCUCACGAGCAGGAAAUUCUACCUCCACCUACUCCUGCUGCCACGAAUCCUUCACCUCCGGCCCCUACCGAACAGACUCAACAAGCUGAAGGUGUUCCUCCUGGGGCUAAACUAUCGGGCCGCUCCCUAAGGUCGGCCAAGGAUCGCCUUGCUCACAUUCUUAAGCAUGACCGCUGCAAAGAGGCCAUGGCUGAAGCAAUGCUAACCAUGAUGGCUGCUCGUGCCCGCGCGGGUACAAGCAUCGAGCAGUCCCGUGCUAGGGAGUCGAAGCUAAUGGAGGAGCUUCGAGCUGCAGAGGCAAGGCACGCGGGAGAGAUGGAGGUGGUGACUCAGCAGAAGGAUUCUUUGGUUGCGGAUUUGGUGGAGAAACAAGCCUCUUUGGAAAGUGCUAGAAAACAGAGAGAGGAAUACCAAGAGGCCAGUCGAAUCCACUGGCAUGAAGUCAAAAAGCUCCAGGAGGAAAAUCUUGUGAAGGACAGGAGCAUUGUCAUCCUCAAGAGCCAAAAGCAUAAUCAAAGUGCCAAUUUUGGCUACCUUCCAGAGGAUGCCAGGAAAGCUGAGUUGGCGUGCUGUGCUGCUCGACUGGCUGCCGAAGAAAGGGCCAGAGUUCCUGCCUCCCCCGAGAUUUCGCUGGCCACGGGGAUGGAUGGAGGGGAAGCUGCAGAAGACACAGUUAACCAAAAUGCUCCCCAAGAUCCUCCCGCUGCUCCUUAG